AUGAAUCCAAUUAAGGACUCAAAGUUGGUUUGCACUUUUAUACUGCUAAAUUUUUGUUUCUUCAGUUCUAUUGCAUCUGAUAAUCUCCCUUGUCCUCCAAAAUCCGCUACCCCACCUUCCUCUGCACCGCAAAAAUGCCCCGUUGAUACGCUCAAGUUUGGUGUUUGUGGAAGUUGGUUAGGGUUGGUAAGAGAAAGCAUUGGGACUAAGCCAAGCGAGAAGUGUUGCACCGUGGUGAAAGGUCUCGCUGAUCUCGAAGCAGCACUGUGUCUGUGCACUGCUAUUAAAGCCAAUGUGUUGGGACCUGUCAAGCUCAAAGUGCCUGUUGCUGUUAGUUUGCUGAUUAAUGCAUGUGGGAAGAAGGUUCCAUCUGGAUUUGUCUGUGCUUAG